AAUCAUGCUGGACAAUAUCCUAGCAAGAGUGAAAGCAGUUGCGACGUCUCCAGUUGAUGCUACGAAAGGUCAAUGGCAUCCGACUCUGCAGCGAGGGCCCUGGUCUCGUCGCAGAAGAAAGGCAAACCCUUUUAGUGGGUGAUUCCGACGAUGACGCGGCGGCCAUUGAGACCGAAUAAGGAUAAUUGUGAAUCAAGUGAAUGGGGUCAGUACCAUAGUGAAGGGAAACACUCCAAUUUUGGGAGCGCUGAUUCUCGAAGCUCUUGAUCUCGCACGAGACACGAUGCAUUUUGGUCACGCCCUUCGGAUUAGCUAUUCGGAAUUGAACAUUAGAAGGCACAGGGGACGACAAUGCAUGCGAGGGCGUAGCAGAGAAGCUUGAGCUCCGGAGUGGAGACGGGAAUGGCAAAUUGGCGGCCAUGUGGCAGUCAGGUGGACCUGACGGAGUGCAGGUGGCUUCAGAGUACAGAGUACCGUUUCCUACUAAAAUUUACCAAAUUUUUGUCUCUUUGGUCAGAACCUACAUUCAUUUUCCUCCUCAGAAACUUCAAACUACAAUGAUUCAAUCUAGUAGAAUUUUCCAUUUUUAAGACCUACCUCUAGUUCCAAUCUUACGUUCCUAAACAGAAAUUGGAGUUGGGUAGGUUUAAGUUUUCAUUGAAUCCAAAAUAAUCACAUGUUUUUCAAGACAUACAACGACCGCAUUACUGGUCAUGCCCUCAUAGAGCCGAUCACAUAGAGAAUAGAUAGCCCAGACAAACAAAUGUGAACCACUACAAGUCUGAUAUCUACCAAGAGCUUUCUAGUUUGAAGCUACACCACAUUUCUCGCAUCAACUUUAUCCUUUAAAUCGCUAAAUAUUUCAACAAGGGAAAUUCCAAUAAUCCAUCUGCCACAUUUCAGUGGUUCUGGUCAUGCCAUGGCACCUCACGUGCUGUAGUGCCACAUAAAUAUAUUAAUAUACUGUAUCUCAAAUUCUCAAUAAGUUGAAUGAAAAAAAAUGUUCCCUGAUUUGGUCUGACGCUCAUUGGGUCUCUGUGCGUCUUGGUCUUAUUGCCUCCUUUGGUAGCGGCCCCAACUGAAGCGAGUUCUCCGAAGAAACUUCCUGGGUAACUACAGAGGAAACGUUUGGUACUAAUUCAUCAUGGCACCUAAGGCAUUAGACUAUGAAUCAAUAAAUGAAAAUGUGAAGAAAGUUCAAUACGCUGUAAGAGGCGAGUUGUAUCUUCGAGCUUCUGAGCUUCAGAAGGAGGGAAAGAAGAUCAUAUUCACCAAUGUUGGCAACCCUCAUGCUCUGGGACAAAAGCCACUGACCUUCCCACGCCAGGUGGUUGCUCUGUGCCAAGCGCCAUUUCUGCUAGACGAUCCUAACGUAGGAUUACUAUUUCCAGCAGAUGCAAUUGCUAGAGCCAAACAUUAUCUUUCAAUGACUUCUGGUGGCCUAGGUGCUUACAGUGACUCUCGAGGUCUGCCAGGUAUUAGAAAGGAGGUGGCAGAAUUCAUUGGAAGACGUGACGGGUAUCCAAGUGACCCUGAGCUCAUAUUUCUAACUGAUGGUGCAAGCAAAGGUGUGAUGCAGAUGUUGAAUGCUAUCAUCCGUGGGGAAGGUGAUGGGGUUUUGGUUCCAGUGCCUCAGUACCCACUUUACUCAGCAGCAAUAUCUCUUUUUGGUGGUUCCCUUGUUCCAUAUUACUUAGAAGAGACAGAAAACUGGGGCCUUGAUAUUAUUGAUCUUCGCCGCUCGGUUUCAGAGGCUCGUUCCAGGGGGAUAACUGUAAGAGCAAUGGUGAUCAUCAACCCAGGCAACCCCACUGGUCAGUGUUUAAGUGUAGCUAACUUAAGAGAAAUAUUGCACUUCUGUUACCAAGAAAACUUGGUCUUACUUGGAGAUGAAGUCUAUCAGCAAAAUGUAUACCAGGAUGAGCGCCCAUUUAUUAGUGCUAGAAAGGUUCUGUUAGAUAUGGGGCCUCCCAUAAGCAAUGAGAUCCAGCUUGUUUCUUUCCAUACGGUGUCUAAAGGAUACUGGGGUGAAUGUGGCCAGAGGGGUGGAUAUUUUGAGAUGACCAACAUUCCUCCAAAGACAGUUGAUGAAAUAUACAAAGUUGCAUCAAUAUCACUCAGUCCAAAUGUUCCAGCCCAGAUAUUUAUGGGUUUGAUGGUCAACCCACUCAAACCUGGAGAAAUUUCAUAUGAGCAGUUUGUUAGGGAAAGCAAAGGCAUCCUUGAAUCUUUGAGAAGAAGAGCAAGGAUGAUGACCGAUGGAUUCAACAGCUGCAGAAACGUAGUCUGCAAUUUCACAGAAGGUGCAAUGUAUUCAUUCCCCCAAAUACGGUUGCCACCAAAAGCGAUAGAGGCCGCCAAAAAGGCUGGAAAAGUUCCUGAUGUUUUCUAUUGUAUCAAGCUUGUGGAAGCCACUGGCAUUUCCACUGUGCCUGGUUCCGGAUUUGGACAGAAAGAAGGGGUCUUCCAUCUAAGGACUACGAUUUUACCGGCUGAAGAGGACAUGCCGGCGAUCAUGUCCAGUUUUAAGAAGUUCAACGAUGAAUUCAUGGAGCAAUACGAGGACCACACUGGCUAUUCAAGGAUGUAAGAAAUGCUUUGAGUAGAAUAACUUGUAUCAUAUAACUUGGCCUAUAUACUUGGCAUUUGAUACCGUUCUCCAUCUCAAACCUUUUCUGUAAUCACUCUGCUAUUCACUUACCCUAUUAAAGAUUGUCGCUUAUAUGACCAUGCUAUCUCAUGUUCUUGCUUUAAAUCAGCGCUAAAAGAUCUGAGAAUAUAGCUUCUUUUGGAGUCC